AUGACCCCUAUCCCUCCUUGUCCGUCUUUUCACCCUAGGGAAGGCUUCUCCGUGGUGUCGCUUGACUGUGGGAUCUAUGUAAUCGGUGGGUCCAGAAAGAGAAAGAACUCCAGGUCUCCGCGUGUCUUGCUCUUGGAUUGUCGGACUCACACGUGGCGUCAAGUCCCUUCCAUGACAGUGGCUCGACGUGACGCUGUGGCUGGAGUCGUAAACGGGAAGAUAUACGUGUUAGGAGGCUGCAAGCGCUAUGAAAACUAUGGAGAGGUAUUCGACCCGGAGACUCAAACUUGGACUACUUUGCCGCCAGUACCGGGUACUGUAAUGUCGGGUAGUGUAAUAUGGGAAGUGUCAUUCAGAAAGUUCAUGGUGAUGGGUGAGAAGUUUUACGCAGUGCCUAUCUGUAUCUGGUAUAGAGCAAGCCUAUUAUCCUACUCUCCCAACGAAGGUAUAUGGGAAAGAGGGAUGAAGGAUAUUGAUGUUUCGAUGCUAGGAACCAAAAGUUAUUGUUUUAGUAAGGCAGAGAAUGUUUUAUACAGUUGUGAUGACUUAGGGAAUGUGUAUUGGCGUGAGACAGAGGAUCCAUCUGAGUGGAAGCAAGUCAAGAGGGGUUUAGGUGCUCUACAUAGUUACUUUGACAAACCGAUGGCUAGCAUUAUCUGGGAUACGGCACCGUGUGAUGAGUUGUUCAAGGGUUACAGCAAAGUACUGAGAAAUGUCGGUACUAACAUUUUGAUCUUUUGGUUCAAGUAUAACCCUAACAAAUCGAAUGUGGAUAUCUGGUGUGCGGAGAUUUCCCUUGAAAGAUGCCAUGACAUAAGUGAGAUUUCGGGUAAGAUCGAGUGGUUGCAACCUGUUGCUGAAGUUGAGGGCCAUCCCGCGAGCCACGUUAAUGUUUUACAUUCUGCUUAUGUCAAUGUUUAG